AUGGGAUUCUUCAAAUGGCUAUUCAAAAAGCCCCGCAUCGAGCUGUACGGCCUAGACCAUGCGGUUCUUAACAUCCAACUGCCACCACAAACAAUGUGGAUGAACAUGGGUUACUGGAAGUGUACAACUGCAUUUCCCGAGGCUUGCCAAGCUUUGCUCGACCAAGUAUUAGAAGCUGGUCCACUGAAAGCACACAGCCCACAGUCUAUCAGACUUCUCGAUGUUGGAUGUGGCUGUGGUGACCAGUCAGUCUACUUGGCCAGUCUACAAAAAUACACCUCUACAAAUAACGAGUCAAGAUCGGAUUCCCAAGCCAUUUCCUCAUCGAUCAAUAUGCAUUCCUCCCCCACCGGCACUGGCAGUAUUUCUAAAAUUGCCUCCUCCUCAUUGUUAACUACCUACAUAGGGAUUACCUUGGAGCCUUCCCAAUCAUCAAUGGCAAUACAACGAGUUCAAGAGUCUCGCCGCGCUGGGAACAUUCCCUCAAACACAGCAGUGGAUAUAUUCUGCGCAGAUGCCGCUAACCCCGCAAGCUGGUCUGGAGAUCUUCAGUACUCAAUUGAAAAGUUGACAGCGACUUCUGAGUUAUUGGAUCAAACAACGUGGCUUCUUGCCUUGGAUACUAUUUAUCAUUUCCGUCCGUCGCGUUUGCCCAUUCUUCAAUUCGCAUGCAAUAGUCUUCAAGCCUCUUAUAUGGCCUUUGACCUCGCCCUUGGGGAUGAUGUAUCUUGGUUUCAGCGCUUUAUUCUACGGAUAGUUUGUUAUGCGCUUGGCGCUCCGUUUGGGAAUAUCGUGACGAAGGAUGAACUCAAGGGUCUAUUGGUUAAGGCUGGAUAUGAACCUGGCAGAAUUGAAAUGAAGGAUAUCUCGCGACAUGUUUUUGGUGGACUGGGUAAAUUUUUGGAGAGAAGAGUUGAAGAAGCGUCGCCGUUUGGAUUGAAAAUGGGGAAGUAUCGUGUUGCGAAGAAAGUUUUCGACUGGUGGGCUAGAACUGGAGUCAUAAAAGGAUUUGUGGUUGUUGCGAGGAAAUCUUGA